CCCGCUCGCUGCUUGGCAGCCACAGUAUCGGAGCGCUAGAGGACUAGACAGAGAGGUUGCAGCAAUGGAGGAAAGCAAAAACAAAGAGAAAACUCAGCCGGAAAAGAUAGAGGAGAAGGGGCAGCAGUCGGCUGGGAAGGACAAGGAGAAGAAAGAGGAGCAGGAAUUGUCAGAGGAGGACAAGCAGCUGCAGGAGGAGUUGGAGAUGCUGGUGGAGAGACUCAGUGAGGAGGACACCUCCCUUUACCGCCCAGCGCUCGAGGAGCUCCGGCGCCAGAUCCGAUCCUCUACGACCUCCAUGACGUCUGUGCCCAAGCCACUCAAGUUCCUGCGGCCGCACUACGGCAAGCUGAAGGAAAUCUAUGAAGCAAUGCCAGCAGGAGACAACAAGCGCUUCUGUGCUGAUGUGGUGUCAGUCUUAGCCAUGACCAUGAGUGGAGACCGCGAGUGUCUGAAGUACCGGCUGCUGGGUUCCCAGGAAGAGCUGGCAUCCUGGGGUCAUGAAUACGUCAGGCAUCUGGCGGGGGAAGUGGCGAAGGAAUGGCAGGAAGUGGAGGAGAGCGACAAGGUGCAACAGGAGACCUUAUUGAAGCUGGUGAAGGAGAUCGUGCCUUACAACAUGGGCCACAACGCUGAGCACGAGGCCUGCGACCUGCUCAUGGAGAUUGAGCGGCUGGACAUGCUAGAGCUUUACAUUGAUGAGAACGCCUACGCCAAGGUCUGCCUCUACCUCACCAGCUGUGUGAGCUAUGUCCCCGAGCCGGAGAACUCUGCCUUGCUGAAGUGUGCCCUGAGCAUCUUUCGGCGGUUCAACCGUUACCCCGAGGCACUACGCCUCGCACUAAUGCUGAACAACAUCGAGCUGGUGGAGAACAUCUUCACCUCCUGCAAAGACAUUGUCAUCCAGAAGCAGAUGGCUUUUAUGCUUGGAAGACAUGGUGUCUUUUUGGAGCUGAAUGAGGAUGUUGAAGACUAUGAGGAUCUGACUGAGAUCAUGUCCAAUGUGCAGCUCAAUAGCAAUUUUUUGGCCCUGGCCAGAGAGUUGGAUAUUAUGGAGCCCAAAGUUCCAGAUGACAUCUACAAAACACACUUAGAAAAUAACAGGUUUGGAGGCAGUGGCUCCCAGGUGGACUCUGCACGGAUGAACCUGGCUUCCUCCUUCGUCAACGGUUUUGUGAAUGCGGCUUUUGGGCAGGACAAGCUGCUGACGGACGAUGGCAACAAGUGGCUGUACAAAAACAAGGACCAUGGUAUGCUGAGCGCUGCUGCCUCCUUGGGGAUGAUCCUGCUCUGGGACGUAGAUGGAGGGCUGACACAGAUAGACAAGUACCUGUACUCCUCUGAAGACUACAUCAAGUCAGGUGCCCUGCUGGCCUGUGGAAUUGUGAACUCAGGGGUCAGGAAUGAAUGCGACCCUGCCCUUGCAUUGCUGUCUGACUACGUGCUCCACAACAGCAACAUCAUGAGGAUAGGAGCCAUCUUUGGGCUGGGGUUGGCAUACGCCGGUUCGAACCGUGAGGAUGUGCUGUCUUUGUUGCUGCCUGUUAUGGGUGAUUCCAAAUCCAGCAUGGAGGUAGUGGGUGUGACGGCGCUGGCCUGUGGGAUGAUUGCUGUGGGCUCCUGUAACAAUGAUGUCACCCCCACAAUUGUGCAGACCAUCAUGGAGAAGUCAGAGCAGGAGCUAAAGGACACCUACGCCCGCUGGUUGCCCCUGGGGUUGGGUCUCAACCACCUGGGUAAAGGGGAGGCCAUUGAGACCACGCUUGCUGCCCUGCAGGUUGUCCCAGAGCCAUUCCGCAGCUUCGCCAACACACUGGUAGAAAUCUGCGCCUAUGCAGGCUCAGGCAAUGUGCUGAAGGUGCAGCAGCUGCUCCACAUCUGCAGUGAGCACUAUGACAACAAGGACAAAGAGGAAGAUAAGGAUAAGAAAGACAAAAAGGAAAAGGAGAAGAAGGAGAGCUCUCCUGACAUGGGCUCUCACCAGGGUGUUGCAGUGCUGGGAAUCGCACUGAUUGCAAUGGGGGAGGAGAUUGGGGCAGAGAUGGCCCUUCGGACAUUCGGACACCUGCUGCGGUAUGGGGAGCCCACACUGCGGCGGGCAGUGCCCCUGGCUCUGGCACUGAUCUCUGUGUCGAAUCCACGGCUCAACAUCCUGGACACACUCAGCAAGUUCUCCCACGAUGCUGACCCCGAGGUGUCCUACAACUCCAUCUUCGCCAUGGGCAUGGUGGGCAGCGGAACCAACAAUGCCCGUCUGGCUGCCAUGCUGCGGCAGUUGGCACAGUAUCAUGCCAAAGACCCCAACAAUCUCUUCAUGGUUAGGCUGGCACAGGGUCUGACACACCUGGGUAAGGGCACCUUGACCCUGUGCCCCUAUCACAGUGAUCGGCAACUCAUGAGCCAGGUGGCCGUGGCAGGACUGCUCACCGUGCUCAUCUCCUUCCUGGAUGUCAAGAACAUUAUCCUGGGAAAAUCCCACUAUGUGUUGUACGGGUUAGUGGCAGCCAUGCAGCCCCGCAUGCUGGUGACGUUCGACGAGGAGCUGCGCCCGUUGGCGGUUUCUGUGCGUGUUGGACAGGCGGUGGAUGUGGUGGGACAAGCAGGGAAGCCCAAGGCCAUCACAGGCUUCCAGACCCACACCACACCGGUGCUGCUGGCCCAUGGGGAGAGAGCCGAGCUGGCCACCGAGGAGUACUUGCCCGUUACGCCCAUCCUGGAAGGCUUCGUCAUCCUGCGCAAGAACCCCAACUAUGACGCCUAGAACUCCCUCACCCCCUAUGGGGGCUCUCACUGCCCCUGGACUUGUCUCACUCUCAUUCUGUUGUAUUCUGCCCCCUGGGCUAGGAGAGCCAUCUCCUGAAGAAGGAGACCACAAUGCUGCGAGAGGAAAACCAGCACCCACAGAUAAUGCGUUUUGGCAGAUGUUUAUCAUGUUUUUUUUCCUUUUGUAAUAAGCGCAUGAAAUGCCAGUCUGUUAUAACCAGAAUUAUUUUUUUUGUUUUGUUGGUUUUGUUACAGUACUGUUAAAGGUUAUGUAAUAAAUUUAUUUCUGGUCCACUCUCUGGACUGUGAAAGUUUGUUUCGGUGUGUAAUUGAAGACCAUAAUUGAGGGGCUGUAAUGUCAACAGAAAAAUUAUUUAAAAAACCCUACAGAAUUUUAUGAAUGCAUUGUGGACUGUCAUAAACAAGGUUUGCAGUGCACAGGCAAUGUUUUGGACUUGCAAUAAAGUGCUAUGUAUUUUUUAGCAUGGGACAAACUGUCAGUAAAUCCAUGUAUUAAAUAUUCUAAUAAAA